CCAAAUGUCCUCCCCCGCCCCCCAAAAAAAAAAUGUCUUACAUCAUUGUGACGUAUAGCAUCAAAAUUGGCAUUACAACCCUAAUUAUUUACUCGACAAUAACUCUGGGAGUUUGGGGCGAUGGCAAGCAAGUCGACGAGUUUUAUUUAAUGAUUCAAAAGUUAUUACAAAAUAACGAAGAAACUAAAAAGGGACUAAUUUCAAAUUUAUCUAUUAUGAAGUUUAAAAUUUUUAAUGUAUAUAAUCAAACAGUUUUUACAACAAUGCAAUCCAUCGUCGAUCUACCAGUAAAAAUUAAUAAUCUGAUAAAAACAAAAUUGCAUGACUCCACGUCAGAACUAAAUGAAAAAAAGAAAUAA